AUCAGACAAUGUAAUGACUUUCUCACAUUUACUUGGUUCUUUAUUUGGAGGUACAACGUCUGGUGUCUGUUUUAUUGCUUCGCUCUGAGAAUUAGCUAGUUUCUCUAGUUUUCUCUGCUUCUUUCUGUAAUUUUUCCAACGCGCCUUAUUUCGAUUUUUUUUAGGAGUUACACAAACAAUAGGGCUUUGAGGACUCAAAACAACUAAUUGAUUGAUUGAUAUAUUAUCAGGCCUGUGGCGUCUUUUAAAACUUUUUGAAUAAAAACCUGGAUGAGACUGGUCACAAUCACUGAAAGAUGAUGCUCUUGGAUUUUGUUUUGGAUGCAUAUUUUUCUGAAAUUUUGUUCCAGGCGUCCAGCGACCGAAAUAACGACCUUGAUUUUUCAUGUUUUCAGAGGUAAAUGGCUCGACUGGAGCAGAAGGAAGAACUAAGUCGCUUUCUGAAUCAACAGAGUGAUAAACUUGACUAUAAAGACGUGAUUCAAUAUCUUCAAGGUCCAAGUCAUUCUGUGAAGGAUACGAAUAGGUUGUGCAAAUAGUUAUAAAUUUAACAAUACCAUGAUUUUAGUUGUGAAUCUACAUUUUUAAAAGGAACACUACGAGAAAAAAAUGUUUUAACUUGAACCAAAAAUGGGAAACAUUUGACAGCUAAACACACGUGGUUUUCAUUACCAACCUUGCAGCAGAAAUCUCACUAGUCAGAUACGAUUUUGAAAGUAAAAAUGGAAAAACAACUCACCCAGUUUAAAAUACAUUUGUUCAGAUAACAUCUAAAUUAUCGUAUUUAAAUUUUAACACAGUAUUGUACUCUUUAAAUUAUGAGAUAAGAUAACAAUAAAUUGUGUAAUUUCUAUUGGUAACGCAAAAAAUUCUACUGACGAGUGACAUUUUGUUGAGGAAUUUUUGAUUUUCCCCUAAAUUGUUUUCUAUUAAUAAUCAAUUAUCAAGAAGAAUAAGUUUUUAACAAAUAAAACGGCAUUAUUGCAACAUGACCGUGACCGAAUCAUCGGAACAUGACGGUGAGAAAGACGAAAACAGUGCCGAGGCCCCUAACGAAAACGACAUAAACAUUCUAACCUCCUACAUCCAAGAAGUGGAAGAGAGGUUUGUCUCCAAACGAGAACUCCGAAGUGCAAACCAAAAUGCUGCAAAUGCGCGACCCAGCGAGUCGCAUUUUAGUAAACUUGACUCCAGUCUCAAGAAGAACACAGCUUUUGUUAAAAAAAUCAAAAACUUUACUGCUAACCAAGUGGACACUUACUUGAAAGACAUGACUGGAUUAAACUUAUCCAAGUACAUAUCAGAGAUUGCAGCUGCUAUAGUCGAUGCUAAAUUGAAAAUGACUGAUGUGGCUGCAGCUGUAAAAAUGUGCAGUGUUUUGCAUCAGACUUAUGCAGAUUUCUCACAACACUUGUUUGAGAAUUGGCAGAAAACAUUGGCCUUUAAAGUGGGUGAAAAGAUCCCAAAUCCGAGUAAACUAAGGGUGGAUCUAAGGUUUUAUGCCGAGUUGGUUCAGGCUGGCGUGUUUAAUAAUAAAAAUGCAUUCACUUUGUUGGGAACUGUGAUCACUACUUUGGUCAACAUGGACAAAGAUGAACAUUACAAUUGCUCAAUCAUUCUUAGUUUUUGCAAGCACUGUGGCGAGGAUUACGCAGGUUUGGUCCCUCGCAAGAUGCGAGAAUUGUCCGAAAAAUUCGACAUUCCUAUUCCGAAGAGCACUUUCCUGCCUCCCGAAAAGCAGCAAAACGUCCGUUCUUUACUAAGGGAUUACUACAUUUCGCUCAGUAAGCAUCUCGUAAAAGACCACCAAGAGAUCCAAAACUUUGAGAAGCAAAACAUGCGUAUACUCCAAACUAAAGGUGAAUUGAGUCAAGAGCGAAAGGACAAGCUCGAGUCGCUUCAAACAUCUUACGAUAAAUUAUUAGCUUCAACACAAAGUUUUGCCGAAAUUUUAGACGAAGAUAUGCCAACUUUGAAAAACCAGACUAUCAUGAAAAAUGAUGAGAGCAUGAUAGUGACAGGGGCGGGACCUGAUUUGGAUGAGGCCGCGUUGGCUAAUAUCGAAAAUGUUUGGUGCGAUAUUGAGACGCAGAGGUUUUAUUGUGAACUGCCGGAAUUGCAAGCUUUUUUGCCGACUUCCUAUAUAAAUAAACAAACGCCUCCACCAGAGGAGUCGGUAACUGAGGAGGUGCUAGAUUCGGAAAUACCAACUGAAGAGCUGGAAGAUGACGAAAAGGCCGAGGAGGCCUCCGUACCGGCCGAAGACGAGCCCGAAGACUCUGCCACGACAAACGCCAGCAAUAAAAUCCUCCUCGAGGCAUUUUUCAACAACUUGCCUAAUUGCGUAAAUCGCGAAAUGAUCGACAAUGCGGCCAUCGAUUUUCUCGUGACCCUCAACAGCAAACACAACCGCAAGAAGUUGGUCCGCGCUCUCUUCGGGGUUAAUCGUACCCGCCUCGACCUUCUUCCUUUCUACGCCCGUUUCGUGGCCAUCCUCCGUCCAGCCCUUCCCGAAGUGGGCAACGAACUGUGCCAAAUGCUGCGACAAGACUUCAAAUACCACGUUCGCAAGAAAGACCAAAUUAACAUCGAAUCGAAAAUAAAAGUCGUACGAUUUAUCGGCGAACUCGUCAAAUUCAAGCUCUAUUCAAAAAUAGAAGCACUCUAUUGUCUGAAAGUUUUGCUGUACGAUUUCUCGCACCAUCACAUUGAAAUGGCGUGCAAUCUGUUGGAAGUUUGCGGCCGGUUUUUAUAUUGCAGUCCAGAUUCGCAUCAAAGGACGAGGGUGUAUUUGGAACAAAUGAUGAGGAAAAAGGCCGUAAUGGCGUUGGAUUCGAGAUAUGUGACGCAAAUUGAAAAUGCCUAUUAUUACGUCAAUCCGCCCGAAGUUACGAUUACGAAGAAGGAGAGGCCGAUUAUGCACCAGUUUAUCAGAAAAUUGCUCUUUCAAGACUUGCAGAAGAAUAAUACUGAUAAGAUCAUGAGGUUGAUUAGGAAGCUGGACUGGAGCAGCCAGGAUGUGUCGGCGUAUGCAAUAAAGUGUCUGAGUAGUGCUCACAACGUGAAAUAUUUCAAUAUCAGGUGUCUUGCGAAUUUACUUGCGGGCCUCGUAACCUACCAGGAAGAGGUUGGUACGCGAGUUGUAGACAGUGUUUUAGAAGACAUUCGUUUAGGUAUGGAAGUCAAUCUUCCAAAAUACAAUCAAAGACGUGUAGCUCAAGUGAAAUAUCUUGGUGAAUUGUAUAAUUACAGGAUGGUCGAAAGCGCGGACAUUUUUAAGGUUUUGUAUUCUUUGAUAACAUUUGGAGUUUCAAUGGACCCAAACGUACCAUCGCCACUCGAUCCACCAAAUCACCUGUUCAGAAUAAGACUGGCAUGUGUUUUACUUGAAACCUGCGGUACUUAUUUCAGCAGCGGUAGCAGUAAGAGAAGAUUAGACUAUUAUUUAAUAUUUUUGCAAUCUUAUUAUUGGUUCAAACGUGAUUUGUGGAAAGAUGCUUUUCCCCCAACAUUGGAACACAUUUUUAAAGAUACUCUGACGACCUUGAGACCUAAAAUUAAAUUGUGUCAAAGUUACGAAGAAACACAGACUGAGCUAAAUAAUAUUCGCGUCACUUUAGGCUUUGAUAAAAUUACUGGAGACUCAAAUGAAAAUAAAGUCGAAGAAGACGGCCUGGAAACAAUCGCUGAAACAGACACUGAAGAACAAGGCGAAGACGAAGUGUCGGAAGUAACGGCACCUAUCACUGAUGAUACCGCUACUGAGGACGAAACGGUGGACCACACGCAAGGCUCCGACGAUGAAGGAGAACCGGAUGGUAGCGAAGCUGAGCAAGAACAAGUGUCUGAAUCAUUAGCCAUUCCUAGUGGCCCCCGCAAAGUUGAAUGUCCCGAAGACGAAGAAUUUUUAAACGCUUUGGAUAAGAUGGUUUCAGAGAAUAUCCAAGAGCGGAUGCGCGAGCCGGUUAAAGCCGGAAACGUGGACAUUUCAGUUCCGGUUGUCCUCAAAUCAAACAAGAAGACUUACGAGCAGUUACAGGACGCACCAGAAACAGAAUGCAAUAAAAUCGGAUUCGUGUUAAUGGUCCGUAAAGGGAAUAAACAGCAAUAUAAAAAUUUCGAGGCUGAUAUUAAUUCUGAACUUGCUCAGAAUCUGAGGGAUCAAGAAUUGGCUCAGAAAGAGGAGAAGGAAAGGGUGAAGCGUCUGACGUUGAAUAUUACAGAAAGGUUUGAAGAAGAGGAUUAUCAAGAUAUGAUGCAGCAGCAAAAUAGACCUGUGACCCAAAAUUUGAAUCGCGAACGUAAGAAAUAUCAGCAUCCCAAAGGGGCACCUGACGCCGACUUGAUCUUUGGUCCUAAAAGAGUUAGAUAAUGGAAGGAAAUUGAGGAUGAAAUGGUUAUGUAAGAUGAUGUUAAUAAGGGUCAAAGAAGUUCAGAAUGUUUUCAGAAAUAGAUAAAUGAAUGUUUCAUUAUUUAGUCUAUCGGAAUUGAGAAUUGUGAAGAAGAAACAAGGAAAUUUAGUUUUUAUUUUCUUUUGUUUCGUUCUAACAUUGUUAUUAAUUUGAUUUUGUUGGAAUAAAACACUUUUCACA